CCCUCUCUCGAAGGACGACCGGGAACGCUGGACACCUAUACCUAAUCUACCCUCUCCUCCCCGCUUCCUCCAGGACCCCGAGGCGAGGCGAGGUCGCCGUGAUGGCGUGGCUGCUGUCGCUCGAGGGGCGGUUCAAGGCGCUGCCGGCGGCGGUGGUGCGCAUCGUCGGGACGCUGGUGGCGGCGAACGCGGUGGUGUGGGCGGCGGUGGCGGUGGUGCUGCACUACUACCCGGCGCAGAUCGGGCCGGCGGUGCUGGCGUACACGCUGGGGCUGCGGCACGCGCUCGACGCCGACCACAUCAGCGCGAUCGACCUGAUGACGCGGCGGCUCGUCGCCGCCGGCCAGCGGCCCGUCACCGUCGGCACCUUCUUCAGCCUCGGCCACUCCACCAUCGUCGUCGUCACCUGCGUCGUCGUCGCCGCCACCAGCGGCGCCCUGCGCGACCGCUUCGAUGGCUUCCAGUACGUCGGCGGCAUCGUCGGCACCAGCGUCAGCGCCGCCUUCCUCGUCCUCCUCUGCCUCGGCAACGGCUGGGUCCUGCACCGCCUCGUCCGCCGCCUGCGCGCCCUCCUCCGCGAGCCCGACCCGCACCACCCGCGCGCCGACGCCGACGCCGACGCCGACGCCGACCCCGCCCGCGGCGAGGACCACGCCGUCGCGAACCUCCAGCUCGAGGGCGCCGGCUUCCUCGCGAACGUGUUCCGGAAGCUGUUCCGCAUCGUGGAUCGCCCGUGGAAGAUGUACCCCCUCGGCGUCCUGUUUGGACUCGGGUUCGAUACUAGUUCCGAGAUCGCCCUGCUGGGUAUUGCGAGCCUCCAGGGGGCCCAAGGGACGAGCCUCUGGAUCAUUCUCAUCUUCCCACUCCUGUUUACAGCGGGCAUGUGCAUGCUCGACACGACGGACGGGGCGCUAAUGAUGGCGCUGUACACGUCGAAGGCGUUCGCGCGGGACGCCGUCGCCGUCCUGUACUACUCGAUCGUGCUGACGGCCAUCACGGUAACCGUGUCGGCCUUCAUCGGCGUCAUCCAGAUCCUGUCGCUCGUGCAGAACGUCGCCGAGCCCGAGGGCCCCUUCUGGGACGGCCUCGACGCCAUCGCCGAGCACUACGACAUCGUCGGCGCCGCCAUCUGCGGCCUCUUCCUGCUCGUCGGCGUCGGCUCGGCUCUCGCCUACGGACCCUGGCGCCGACGCGCCGACGCCCGACGCCGGAGGCGGCUGGGGCUGGGCGCAGAAACGGGAACGGGAACCAGGUUACGCCAGGAGGAGGAGGAGGGGGGGGACCGGAGCGGCAUCGAGGGCCCGGUGCCUGGUAGGUCUCAGUCGGAUGAUACGCAGACGAGGUACCGUGAUAUAGUCGACUAGACCCAUGGCCUUCCAUGGAGGCCGUCGAGUCAUCGGGGCUACGUUGUGUG